AUGCCUUCAAGGGCUUCCCCUCAAGCCGAACAUCUCUACUACGUCCGGUGCAGCAUCUGCAACACCAUCCUCGCGGUUGGGAUACCAAUGAAGAGAAUGCUUGAAACUGUAACGGUGAAAUGUGGCCAUUGUGGUAACCUUUCGUUUCUCACCACAAGCCCUCCUCUUCAAGGCCAUGUUAGCCUCACCCUUCAGAUGCAGAGCUUUGGUGGGAGUGAGUAUAAGAAAGGAAGCUCUUCUUCCUCCUCCUCUUCGACCUCCAGUGACCAGCCACCGUCUCCUAGACCACCCUUUGUCGUUAAACCUCCUGAGAAGAAGCAGAGACUUCCAUCGGCUUACAACCGCUUCAUGAGGGAUGAGAUACAACGCAUCAAGAGUGCUAAUCCGGAAAUACCUCACCGUGAAGCUUUUAGCGCUGCUGCCAAAAAUUGGGCUAAGUAUAUACCCAAUUCUCCUACUUCCAUUACUUCCGGAGGCAGCAACAUCAACGGUUUCGGAUUCGGUGAGAAGAAGUGA